GCGCGCGAGCCGGGAACGUGCGCGCCGACACGGCGACCCGGCCCGAGGAGUCCCUUUGUGUGGGGGGCGGCUGCGCUGGGGUCCGCUCUGUCUCUCCCUCGGCGGCCGCGCUGUGACCCGGCUGAACCCUCCUUUUGUCUCCUGUGGGGGGGAGGGUGGGAAGGCCGAGAGUCGGGGCAGAGAGCCGGGCGGCGGGACGUCGCCGGCGACGGGCUUGGGGGCGUGCGGGGCGGGGACCCCAAGCGGCGGAACAGGCUCCGCGAGCGAGCUCCCGUGGCCCCCGCUCCGGUCCGCCUCCCCGGGGCCGGCCCGCUGCCCAGCAUCUCCGGUCGCUACGGCGGCCGCGGGCGCGCUGCGUGGGUCUGGCUCGCCUGCUCCUGCUCUUGGAGCUGUUUGGGGGGAAAGGAGGGCGGGAAGGAAAAAGAAAAGAUCUGCCCUCUUAGUUUCCAAGUCUUGUGAUGGUUGUGGAGAGAGGGAGAGCGGUGGUUCGGGGCUUGGCCGGACUUGUGUCCCUCACGCGAGGCUCACUGAGGUGCGUUUGGGGCGUGUGUGAAGGAACGUGCAUCGCUUCGGUCCCUUAUUUAUUGUUUCUAACGGAGGAGGGCUUUCUCUGAAAGGCUCUUUCCCCGCCACCCCCCAUCUGAGGCUGCGCACAGUGAUUUGUGUUUGUUAUCAAAUACACCGAGAAAUGUAUUUCCCUGCGAAGAAGGAGGUUGGGCUGUUCAAAAUCAAAUCAAAAUCAAACCAAAAUCAGAGAAUGGUUGUGGUUUUCGAAUGGCUUGUUUUUUUUGCAUUUUUAUUUUUUUAAGAUUAAGAGAGGGACUUAAAGGCAAGAAAUAAAAGAUGAACAUGGAUGUGACUUUUACAGAUUUUUAUAUAUGUAUAUUUUAAAGUUUUGGGGUAAAGUUUUUUUAUAUCCCAGACUAUUUAGAAUUAGCAUGGUAGAAUCUUCUGCCUAUUAAAUAAACAGUUAACAAGCGAGUCAGGUGGUGACAGCUUCCCUAGUGGAGGUUAAAUUGGAGUGCAGUGAAUAAUUAUCUAGCUUUCCGUUCAGGCUGAAACCUUUAUUUUUGCUCAUUUUGAGAUAGGAGAUCUUUCACAACAUAUGGGGAGAACGUGAAUGUUGGAACUGGUAUUUACCCCUGUGGUUGUCCUUUUCCUAUUUUAUUAGAUGUAUUUAUGUAGUCCCUGUACAUAACCCAACAAUUGGGUUGUAUAUUAGUGGAUACAUUGUUUUGAAAAGGGUCCUAGGUGAUAUUUCUGAUUUAUAUUAUUUACCUGGCCACGUUUUUUUUAAAUAAACAGUUGCUGUAUAUUUGCAGAUACUUAAAUAAUAAAUGAAGUUGAAUGAGCACCCAGAAAAUACAUUUUACAGAUUCAGAUUUUUAAUGCAGGUACAGAUUUGUCUCUUUGUAUUAAUCUCAGUCUGCUGCUCACUUCUGGAGAGUUUUAUUUAUUUUUGCCUAUUGUGUGAGAAUCCAUAUUGGCAAACUUAAAUCUCAGUUACCAAGGAGAUUAAAAAAACUGUUUGGGGGGCACUGAGACAGUUAUAUGUACAACUAUAUGUAGAAAAUGGAGGCUUUCUUUAAAAGAUUUUAAAAUCAGUAUCCGAACUUGAUGGGAAAACAUGGUGGAAAAAUAUUUAAUAAUUUUCAUCAAGAUGUAGAAAUUCAUCAGAAAAUAAUAUACAAUUUAAUGCAGUCUUUAAUUAGGUAAGCUGAUUUUUGUCAUUAUAAAAAGGAGACAGGUAUGCCUAAAAUAGUGUCAUUUUUCUAGGAGAAAAAUGUAUCCUAGAUUCAUGUCCUAGUUACAUUAACAGGUUAAUAUUAUUGCAUGCCUGAUUUUGUCAAUGCCUGGAGUGUACAUUUUUGUACACUUAAAACCUAGGCUAGGUAACAUUUAACAACGGUCAUGCUAACCUCUUUGAGUUGAUCAAAUUUUAUUAGUUCCUGUUCUGACUUCUGGUGUAGAUUAGAUAAAUGAAUUUAAACUCAGCACAAAGGCGCAGAGCUCAGUGCCAGUUGCUGGUAGGCCCUUGAGCAAGGUUCCUCUUCCUUUUCCAUUAAGGAUGGCUCAAAGAGGCUAGGUAUUGAAUUUUGUUCAGGUUUUGUCCUGAAUGGGGGAAUAGAAUUAGUUCUAAAACAGUCCUAGAGUUUCAGCUCUUAUAUACGCACUCUUCAUCAGCUCUUAGAAGUCUUAAAAAAGAUAAGCUAACAAAUUGAAUUGCUUGUUUACAUAUUUAUUUACAAGACUGUCAGUCUUAGUGAUAAGGUUUAACAGUCACUGUGUAAACUAAACAGUAAGAGUGUUGCGGCCUCUGUUGAGAAUUGCUGGGCAAAGUUGUAGGUGUGCCUAAUAGUUUUCUGGGAUUGGCAGUGUAGUGUCUUUAUGUGGACUGGCUGAAAGAUAACACCUAUUUUGUUUGUUUGUUUUUUGAAUACGAGUAGAUAUUAAUUUUCUGGUUUUUACAUAAUUAACAAUAUUUUAGUGUAAUAAGAGACAUUCCAAAGAACCUUACAUAUUGUCAACUGAUUUCCUUUCUGGUGCAUUGUUGUUUAGGAAGGGCAUAUAAAUUAUUUUUCACUUUUCAAGGUUGACAUUUUAUUUCUGCCACUUUUGAUAUUACAAUAAAUAAAUGUUACUUGUAGAAAUUUUUAUUUUGUACAAUCAGAAAGUUGAGUUGUAAAUAUAGCUCAGCAGUAUAAACUGACAUUUACCAGUUUCAUUUUUUUAAAACAACACUAAGCUGUCCACUGUUAAAUUUGAUAGGCUUAAUAAUCCGUAGACUUUCCUAGCCUUUUUCCUGUUCACUAGUUGUCAAUGUGGUACCAUUAAAGGAAACUAAAAUGGCCACUUUAUGUUACCUGGAAUCUUUAAAUGACUAGUAUUAUCUUUAGAAAUAACCAAAGACAAAGCUGAAAAGAACAGUUUUAUCCUUUAUAAUAGAUCCAUGAGUUUCAAGUCCUUCUUUUUCAUGUAGUUUUUUGUAGCCUGUUGGGGAAACAGGUCUGACUGAGAGGGGUGGACAGUGAACUCUCAUUACAGCCUUUAUGGUCCUGCCUUGUUUAAGAAUAGCGCAAAUCCUUGCUGCUUGCCAGAAAAUGUAGAAUUCAUUCUUGGAUUAAUAUUCUGCCACCAGAUGUAUGAGGCUGGCUCUAAAGAAGCUUUUUCUCUUAAAUACUGUCAAAAAUAGAGAAACUGAAGAUUGGAGAGAAGCCAUUUAUUUUGAACAGUUUAUUUUCUGACAGUUUGUGUUUGUAAAGAAACCUGUUCAUAAUAUUUACUUUAAGAGAUCUACAUAGUUGCACGAAGAAGACUCACAGGUUUUAUUUAUUUUUCUUUAAAAAAGUUUCCAUUGAGCUUAACUCUUACAUGAUACUUCUUGACUUUGCUUCUGAUUAGUUGAUUUAUGGACUUUAUUUACCAGCAUGAUUGAGAAUUCUUUUGCUGUACUGAAAUUGUACUCUGCCUGUGCUCUGGUCUGUUUCCUAGGUAACAAAUGCACUGCAUAGAUUCCAUAAUGAGGAAUGUGGUUGGCUAGUUACAGUGUAAAUUUUGUUGUUUGGUAAAGCUUAGUCUCAAAUUCAAAGAAAGGUCAAGAAACCAAAAGUACUGAAAAUGCAAAUUUUUGAAUUUUAUUUUGUAUCCAGUGUCAACAAAGUUUAAUACACUUUUCUGGAGAAAGGCAAAUUAUGCAGCAGUAUUCAGAUUUGUUUUGCAAAGUCUUAACACUUAAACAGUUGGAAAGCUUUUUGACUUUUUUAUAUUGGUAAUAACGAUAGCUCUAGUGACAAAGAAGAUGUGUUUCCGAAACACUUUAUCACAUUUAAAGUAAUGUAAAACGAGAGGGAUGUAGGCUAGGACAUUAGUAAUUGGCUCUUUUGUACUGAAAGAAAAAUGACAUCAUAUGUCUCAAAAGAUAAAUUGUGCAACUUGGUGUGAAAUACAAAUUUUUAAAAACUUUAAGAAGACGUUAAAGCAUUUAAGAAACUUUCAAAAACACUAAAAGUCUUACCAUAAAAUUAUGCAUUUUUACUCUAGCAUUUCCCCCUCUCAUCUGCCUGAAUUUCGGUUGGCCCAGCCCCAGGGAGCCGGUCUCUCUUAGAAAAUAGCUUUCCCUGCCACCUUACUCUCCUCUUGAAAUCUAUGACCUCUGUAGCUCAAGAUGCAGAGCAAGAAGGCAUAUUUUUAGUAACUUUAGAAGGUACAAUUUUUAGUAACUAUUACCUGUUUAAAAAAUAAACUUGUAAAGAAUUAGAAUUCCAAUAAUACCCACUUUCAAAUAUUUUGUUUGAUGCUUGAAAAUAUUUCUCAUUUGUUAAUCAUCAAGGAUUAAGUUAGCUGAAAUAUUUUUAAAAAUUCUUUUGAAUUCUAGAGAAUUAUCCAAAGUUGCCUCCAUGACUUGCCCUUGCUUGGAUGGAUUGUUUUUGGAUUAUUUAUUUCCCUUUUUAGUUUUAAUAUCAGGAAUAGGACAUACCUUGGUUGGAUUCUGUCUUCUUGGUUUUCCUCAAAACUAACACUACCUUAACCAUAUCUGUCCUUUUCUAAUUGCAAAUAUUGUGUCCCUUCAAUUUUCCCACGGAAAUAAUUUUCCUUAUAAAUAUUUACUAUUUAAAAAUUUUUUGUCAUUGCAUGAUUUAGGGCAUAAUCACCACAUAUCAAAAGCUACACUUUUCUAUUAUGAGACUUCAUACUUCUGGGGUAGAGUUAACAGUAUGUGUGAACUCUUGCCCAGCUAGGAUUACUUUGCAAAGGCUGCCGUAGAAAGUAUGACAGGCCUCUCUCCUGUCUUAUAGAUGGCCAUCUUCCUCAGGUGUCGUCACAUGGUCUUUUCCUAUGUGUCUGUCUGUGUCCGAAUCGCUUCCUCUUGUAAAGAAAUCAGUCCAUAUCCUUAGGACUCACCCAAAUGACCUCAUUUUACUUCAGUUAAUUACCUCUUUAAAAGUGCUGUCUUCAAAUACAGUCACAUUCUGAAGUAUUGGGUGUUAGGAUUUCAGUGUAUAAAUUCGGGGGAACACAGUUUAGCCCAUAACACAGCCUAUUCUGUCACCCAUUGUCUUUCCUACAUGCAUAUACUUCACUCCAUUGGUGUAAUUCUAUAGCGGUUUCACCUUAUAUGUCUUUUUUUAAUCUCUUGGCAGUUUGUCACUUGAGUGGAAGGCCUAACACAGAGCAAUAUGAUCAACUCUGUAUGCCAUAAAAAUAACUAAAGUGGGAAAGACACUGCUGAUCCUGUAACAUGGAGGAUUGCCUUCAUACGUCAUCUGAGAAUCUGUCCAAAUUGGUCAGCUGGGCCCACAGCCAUGGGACUAUUUGCAGCCUCAUUCCUAACCUGAAACACUUGCUUUCAGAAGGUUCCCAUGGGAACCUCACAGCAAUGUGGGGCUGUAGUGCUGGCCAUGCUUAUCACUGGCCCCUGACAGCUACCUGCAGAGCUGGGUCCCAAGAAAGGGUCUGUUUCCAGGAUAACAGAAGUUUUAACUCUGAUAGUCCCAGUAUAAUUGGAGUGCCCUCUGAGACACAGACUAGCCCAGUUGAAAGAUACUCUGGGAGACCAGUGAAAGCAAAGCUAGACUGUAAUCGGACCAGAGACUCUUGUGACUUCUCUUAUUGCAGUGAGCCCUCUGAACUGGAUGAAGCUGUUGAAGAAUAUGAAGAUGAAAACACCCUGUUCGACAUGGUUUGUGAGUCCUCUGUUACAGAUGAGGAUAGUGACUUUGAACCUCAGACCCAAAGGCCUCAAAGCAUUGCUCGCAAAAGGCCUGGAAUAGUUCCCUCUUCUAUUCAUUCAAGCUCCCAGACUCAGAUGGUUGAUGAAUGCAGCAAUGAUGUCAUCAUCAAGAAAAUCAAACAAGAGAUUCCCGAAGAUUAUUACAUUGUGGCCAAUGCAGAGCUGACUGGAGGAGUGGAUGGACCGGCCCUCUCCUUGACUCAGAUGGCAAAACCCAAGCCUCAGACUCAUGCUGGUCCCUCCUGUGUCGGGUCUGCUAAGCUAAUUCCCCACGUAACAUCUGCCAUCAGCACAGAGCUAGACCCACAUGGUAUGUCUGCAUCCCCCUCUGUGAUGUCCAGACCAGUUGUCCAGAAGACGGCUAGGGCAUCUCUGGCUUCACCUAACAGAGGGCCCCCUGGUGCCCACGGCACCAACCAGCAGGUGGCCAUGCAGAUGCCUGUGAGCACAUCCCAUCCUAACAAACAGAUCAGCAUCCCUUUGUCUGCCCUGCAGCUGCCUGGACAGGAUGAGCAAGUUGCUUCUGAAGAGUUCCUGCCCCAUCUGCCCAGCCAGGUCUCCUCCUGUGAGGUAGCCCUUUCUCCCUCAGUUAACACAGAGCCAGAAGUGAGCUCCAGUCAGCAGCAGCCCCCACUUGCUCCAACCAUAACCACUGAGGCCAUGGCACAGUGCAUACCAGACCAGGAUGAAAGAGCAGCUGAGCUCAGCAGGGAGCAGAAUGAGAAAACCAUCCGGAGCACGCAGACCGCGCUCCGCAAUUUCCGCGAGUUCCUCAUCUCCAAGUAUCCUUCUGAAACAAGAGAGAUCUAUGUCAUCCCUUGUAAGGAGUUGGAUGCCUACCUUGCCUCUUUCUUUGUGGAUGCCAGGCAGAAGGAUGGGUCCGAAUAUGAACCCAACAGCUUGGCCAAUUACCAGUGUGGACUGGAACGGUACCUGAAAGAACACAGGUAUGGCUACAGUAUCACCAGGGAUAAGGAAUUCAAGUGUUCCCAAGAGGCCCUGAAACAGAAGCAAAUUGAACUCCGCUGCAAAGGUAAAGGAAAUAAGCCACACAAGUCCAUGAAGCUCACCUUUGCUGAUGAGCUCAUUCUGCGGAAAAGGGGACUGCUAAGCCGAUACAAUCCUGAGGGUCUGCUCAACCUCGUCUGGCUCAACAACACAAAAGCUUUUGGGCACUGCACAGGCUUCCAUGGAUCUACCUUGAAGUGGGGUGAUAUCCGGCUCCGGAUAACAGAAACGGGGCUGGAGUACUUAGAGUGGAUGGGUCAAGAUACCGGUGACCUGAAUGCUAAAACCAAGAGAGGGGGGACGGACUCCCGUGUGUAUGCUACCCAGCAUGCCCCACAGACGUGCCCCGUCCAGGACUAUAAGGAGUAUGCCCAGCGGAGGCCUCCUGCCAUGCGCUACGAGGAUGCCCCUUUCUACUUGUCCAUCAAGCCAGUUGUGAACUUGGCAGCUCUGCAUUGGUACAACUGCCAGGCCCUCGGCAAGAACAAGCUGGCCAAGAUGGUGAAGACCAUGUGUGAGAAGGGCAACAUCCCUGGCAGGAAAACCAACUUCAGUGUGUAUCAGAGCUGCAGCACCUUGUCUGAGGCCCAGAGCAACCAGCUCGUGCUGAUAUGUAACAAUCUGAGCCAGCAGGCCGCCCAGUCGGUGGCUGGGCACUCCAACAGUGGUAAUUUCAUCGUCUCCGCCUCCUAUGACUCUUCCUCAGACACUGCUUGACCAGGUGGCUUGAGCGCGACCCCAGUGUGGUUACUGUGUCCAGAGGAACUGUGAUUAUACACUGCUUCUCGUUCCCUUUCCUCUGCCCUCAGUGGUAACUUUAUAAAAUUAUAAAUAUAUAAUAUAUUUUUCUUUUUACAAAUAAGCCAAGGGAGAUAGUUUAGUAUUACUAGCAUAGUAUUUAUAGGCUUAAAACAAAUGUACUUGUGGGUGAUUAAAUGUAAUUACUGUUACAGACUUGACAAAACCAUAGUGGUUCUCAGGCAACACAAAAUAGAGAAGGAAUUCCAUUUCUGGAAAAACUCAAAAUGGAAACUGAGAGUCAUCCUAGACGCUUGUGUCCUCAACUCCUUCCCACCCCGCCUCUCAUUUUGAGUCUUCUAAUAAAUGGCUUUAUUUUUUUAAUUUUUAAAAUUCUCUAUGAACCAGGAGAAGAUAACACUAACUUUACUGCUUUUACAAAAUUGUAUUUAUUCAGAUCCAGAAUAUGAAAGUGUUGAUAUAAGCUUGAUAUCAAAUUAUUUAUAUACUUUUCUUUUUUUCUUUUUAGUUAGAAUUUUAGUCCCUGUGCCUCAUUUUUUUGCAAUGUGUGAAAAUCUGGAUGUUUACCUAACAUUUUUUCGUUUUGGAGGAAAUGAGGUAGAAGGAGGGAAUAAAGCUGCCAUUCUUUUUGGAACAUACAUAGUUUUUAAAUAAUAUGCAAAGUCCAAUUGCAUAAUUGUGGUGUUUUUUUUUUAAAAAAAAAGACUAUUAUAUAGCUCGAUUUUACUUUUGUGCUUGAACCUGGGUAGAAUUUUUUUGUUCCCUAAGAAAUCAGUGUAAAUGAAAUUUGAUUAUCAGAUUUACAAGCAAUUUAAAACUACCAAAGCUUUGAAAAUGUUCCCAAGCAUUAGAUUGUAUAUCAAGUAUAAAGAGAAGGUAGAAAAAUGGGAAAGUCUUACUAAAAGAUUUAGAAGCACUAGUUAAGACAACAAAAAAACUCAUCGUCUUCAAAGCUCAGAUCCCUCCCUUGAAUUAUUUAUUUAUAAGGAUUAAAUAUCAGUAUCUUUUCCCUAGGGGAUUACUUGACUGUAGUUGAGAUCAAAGGAAUAUUGACACUCAUUUUAGGUAACAACAUUUUGUUACCAGAUUUAGCUGAAUUCAAAGCAUUCUUGAAAAUGUGCCAAGUUUCUUUUAAAGUAAAUAUAAAUGCAUUUAUCUGCAAUAUCCUGCAAUUAUAAUAAUAAUAAUUUUCGUUAAAAAACUCUUUGUGGUGGUUUUCCCAAGGUGUUUAUUUUCAAGUCUUGAAGGCUGUGGUGAAUUAUUAGUUAAGAUACUUCAAAAAUAGAAUAAAUUUAGACAUUAGGACCACAGUAAAGCUAAGCAAGGUUCACAUCCUGCAUGAUCAUUAACAUAAAAAAAUCCAAAUCUUAAUUGCUUUGUUGAAUCUGGGCAUUCUGUUGGGAGUAUUUGUUCUUCAAGGCAACCUCAUAAUUCACAUUAGCUAGGAAGGUAGGUGGUAUUUUAUGUAUUAAUUUAUUGUACGGUCAGGAGAGAUUUCAUUUUGAUUUGCUGAGUCAUCACAUUAGCUGAGCUUUCCCAUGGUUGUGCAGCUCUUCCCACGACUAAGUCACGGCUCCUAAAGCCCAAUUCCUCUAAGCUGUGACCUUUCCUUUGGCUCAGGAGUGGGAAGUCUGUUGUGGACUUUGUGUGGUGGAGUCACCUUCAUUGCAUGACUUUUCCUCCAUAGAGAGGCAUCCAGAAACAAGAAGAAAGGUUGGAAGAUAUUUUGCUUUACUUUUUGUAUUGAUGAUGAUAAGUGAUUUGGGGGCCAAUACGUGUGCUAGCACUGUGCUAAGUGACUUACAUGCGUCACUUAUAUAAGAAAGUUACUAAUUGUAGGGAAAUUAGGAAAUACAGAUAAGCAUAAAGAAAACAAAAUACAUACUCAUAAAUCUGCUAGCCAAAAAUAACCACUGUUAACUUUCUUGUAAAUAUUUCUUAAGAUAUUUCAGUUACAUACAUAUUUACUUCUAGAUGCAAUAUCUUUAAUCCUUUCAACAACUUUGAAUAGAAGGUUAGUUAUCUCCAUUUUACGUUGAGAUCAAGACAAAUCAUUGAGAUUAUAGCUGAGGAAAUGGUACUUUCUGUCAUCUGACUCCAGAGUUUUUUGUAUUUACCUUUCUUAGUUUGAACUCGUAAUUAGUUUCUAGUGAUUUGAGCCAGAUACGGGGACACAGUGUCUUCCCAUCUCUCUAGGCUGUCCGAUUAAAAGGAAUGCUGAGUUCUCUCUCAUGGUGGCACACUGUGUCCCCUAGUCCCCCCUCUUCUGUUCAUUUUGAACCACAGGGUCUCUUUCUCUGGGUUCUCUUUACAAAACUUUUCUGUUGUCCUUAUUCUAAAACUGGUCUAUAAGUUCACAGGACAUCCUACUGUCAAAUAACUUUUUAAAAGUAAGGAUAUUUUUACAUAGGUUACCUCUGAUGUUUAAAAAAAGGUUUUGGUAAAACUAAAAAUAUGGUUGUGCGUUUUAUUUUUGCAUUGCCUUUUUUUUUUAUUUCUUGGUAUGUUUUUGACAGCAAAGUAAGUUUGUCACGAGGAAAAAGGGCAGUCAGUUUGCACUGACAAAACAGUAUUAGGAAGUUUCUAUUUGUGUUUAUUGAGGUACUAACAUUAAAAUGUCUCUCCUGUUUAAUCCUGUUGCAUUUAGAAGAACACGGUUAAAUUGAGAAUGUGAAUUAUUUUUUUAAAUUUAUUUAUAUUCUGCUUUGAUGAUUCAAACCAAAUAGGAACAUUAUUUCCUAAAGAACAGCUUGGUAGAAGUAUAGCCAAAUUAUAGUCUCUUUGAGUUAAAUUGUGAAAAAUUAUCUGCAACUACCUCUAAAUUUUGUGUUUUUGUAUAAACAGUACUGAGAAUAUACCACUGUUUGUUAUCAUAAUUAAAAAAAAAAAAUUAUAUCCCUACUGUGGCAGUGCUAGAUGCCAAACUCGUACAUGUGCUUUAGCAAAAAUUCAACAAUCCAGCAGAUACUCAGUUCAACACAGUGUGCUGCCUUUCCAUGCAAUCACAUAGUUCAUACAAAAACUAUUAUAUAAAACUUUAUUUGCAAUGUUUACACUUUAAAGUCCGUGUAAUGUCAUGUAAGAAAUUGUCCAGUGCCCUUCACAUGACUCUGGAAGUUUUGCACUGUCUAUAAGAACAAUGCCAAACCCAUCUGUCAGUUUGGAUGACAUAGCUGCAUAAAUUCAGUCUCCUAGGUUCCUGUGACUGGCGAUUGAAAACCCUAGAUGGUAUUUUUUUUUUAAACCAUACUGUUUGAAAAGGUUAGCGAUAUUCAAGAUGUUUAUCCAACAGAACUUAUUCUUAAGAUUCCAUUUGGUACCUUGGUUAAUAGGGCUGGUCUGAAUAUGAUCCAUAAAUACACAUUAACUAUUUCAAAUGUUUGUUAUUUUACAAUUGUUUUUCCUGAUGUUAAGUUUUCCCCAAGUUAAUUUACUUUUCCCUAUGUUUAAAUCACUUCCUGAUCUAUAAAAGGACAAUCUUAAAAGUUUCUAGCAUAGAUUGGGUCUCUUUGGUUUUUCAGUUAGGUCAUUGUUAGCUGAAACCUUCAUCGUAUUAACUUAUCCAUGUACUUUGACUUACCUUCCAGGUGUCAGUAAAUCAAGUGACUUCACCGAGAUGAAAAUUUAUAGUCAUGUCAACAAAUAUUUGAGCACCUAGUGUCUAGACACGAGGAGGGUACAAAGAUACAUAAAUAGUCCCUGCUCUCAACAAAUUUAUAAAAGAUACUGUAAUAAAAGUUUCAUUUUUUGAGAGCCCAUCAAAAAACUCUAUGCCAGUACUACUUUUCAUAGUUUUUCAACCUUUGUACAAUAGCCAUUGAAUAUGUUGAUUUGUUAUAGAAUACAUAAUAUUGCUUUGGGUAUUUUGUGGAGAAUCUUCCUUAGAACCUGUUUUAAAAUCAAUACUAAGGCCAAGCCAUUUCCGCACCGUCCAUUGUGUUCACGUAGGUGUGCGUGAUUGAGAAUGUGCAGAUUGUCAUCACUGACUAUCCUUUAUUGAGUUCUUACAGUGUACCGUAGUACUAAGUGCUUCCGUAAGCUGUUUCGCUCGAUUCUCACCGUAGUCCUGUGAGGGUGGAUAUCAUUAUUUCUCUUUUCUGAGUGAGGAAAUCCAGAGAAGUCAAUGGGUUGCCCCCCUCACAGUUAAUACUUAAGAGCAUCAGGAUCUGAAACUAGAUCCAGAUACUGUUAAGCACUGUCGUUUUCUGCGGUAGUUGCUUGUUCACAAAGUGAUUUGCUGUGCUUCUGUAGACCCUCUGAAGUGGUAAAUUAUCAAUGAAAUCCCUGGUGUGAUAAAAUCAUCAGUAUUCAUUCAACUCCGAAUUGAUUGAGAGCAGUGCCAUCACCUGUCAUGUUUGGUGGCACAUUGUUGAGGCCCCAUUACUGUACUUACUUUGAGAGAGGACAGUCAGCAGAGUUCGUUUCCCCCCAGCCAUGAGUAGAGAACAAAAAUUUGUAUCACUCUUUAAAGGACACUUAACUUUGUUGUGGAGAUGAGUGUGUAUGUGUACACAUAAUUACAUAUUUAAAAAUGAUUGGCAUUUGUUUUUAUCCUGUUUAAAGAGAGUUCCAUUUAAUUCAGACAGGGAAGGGAGAGGUUCUAGGCAGAGAAAACACCCCUCAUAAGCCCAAAAGUGAUACUGCCAUUCACCAGAUACUAAAUACUGGAUGCCAGUCUGUCAGGAAGUUUGGUCUUGCCUAUAAAUGUGGUGCCAGCAAGUUAACAAAAUUAAGAACAAUACUGUUUUUAAUUUUUUUUAAUCAGUCAUGAUUAUUUACAACAAAGUUUUUUGGGAAAUAUACUGUCCUUAUGAUUCUCAGAAUUAGAAAUUGAUUGUAAAACCAUUCAGAUUUGUUUCUAGUUUGACUAUCUCCACAGUUUAAUAUACGUAUUAGAGACAAAGCCUUCUGAUUUUACUCAGCCUUUUUCUGACGUUUUUUGUUAUAGGAAAGAUGUAUUUGAUCUUUUAUUUCUGUAGAAAAAAUAAAGCUGUAACACUUAGCGACUAUAAAUAAAAACUCCCUCCCAUGUAAUAAAAGAAACUUAUAAACCUAGAGGAAAAAAUAUCAAGGGGAGUAUAUGAUAAUUUAUUGCAGUAAGGUAAUUUUUUAAUGUUCAUUCAUGAAAAAAAUAGUUAUAAAUACUAAAGAAUUAAGUUCCGGAUCACUUUUAAUGUAUUUUUCUUAAUUAUGCAAGACAGAUCUCUGCACAUCCACCAUACAGUGUGGUGCAGAUAGUUACAAAGAAACACACCAUAACAAGGGCACCCUCGAUUGUUUUUAUGUUUUUUUCUUAAUGCAUGGUGUUCAAGCAUUGCCUCUCCUCCCCGCUCGGAGCUGGCUGAGAUGAUAUGAAUGCAUAACCUUUUAUAAGGCAAAGUAAUGAAGCUGGGAUGAUUUUAAGAGAUCCUUGCCAUAGAAUAUAACUGGGAUAAAGAAAUACACUGCAUCUGUCAUCUUGGUGGUGGUUCUGUAUUUCGAAUGAUAUAAAAACAGAAAAGAGGGGAUGCUAUUGGUAAACUGCCAACAACACUGAUUUCACUUUCCUAAACGGAGAAAACAGUUUUCUUGUGGUCCAUCCUCUUUGUAAAUUGACCAACAGGGCCUACCAAAACUGAGAGAAAGACCCGAUAACGAUACUGAAGAUUGCAUUAUUAUUAAAAAGAUAGCAUUUUAAUACAUUUAAAUUGAGUUUUUAUGUAAACCAUGACCUAGUGGAUUAGACUAAGUAUUGAUAAGGUUCAAAUACUAAUUUGAUCAGAAUAUUAAUUAGGUCAGAGCAUUAAUAUAACCCAUUAUCUUUGUUGAAUUAUAAUCCUAGAGGCUGGACCUCAAAAGGAGCCAAGAAAUCAUCUAGCCCAGUGAUUUUCAGUGCUGUGAAGAAUAGGAGUUACCAUGUCCUCUUAAGGGGAGCGGGCCUGGAGGUCAAGGAAACGGAGGCUGCAAAGGGAAGGACGUAUUGUGAAACAGUUUUCCCAGGAACUCUCACGUUCCCUUACCUUCCUAUUUUGAGACUCACUAGACUGAAUGUGCUCUUGCCUCUGUUAUGCAGAUGUACUGGGCUGUAAAAUAGGAUUGGAAGCAUCUAAUGUACAGGAUUGGGGAACAGCCCCAAAGAGAUUAGAUGAACGCCCAGGUGCGUGCUCCUGUCAGAGUCAGAGCCAAGACUAGAAUCCAGGCAUCUUGACUUCCAGUCCAUAAAUAGAGCUUAGAGAGGAAAAAAACCCUACCUUUCUCCUGAGUUAGAGAGGGUAUCCUUGUUUUCAAAAUUUUUUAAAACGUUAAUUCCUCAAUCAAGUUUCUAUUAGGAGUAGAUUCAAGCUGCCAGUAUUCAAAUAGGUUUUUUUUUUUUUUUUGGCAUGUGAAUUUUCACUUCUCAUUGUGUAGUGUUGUAUCUUGAUUUUAGCAACUUCUUUUGAAAUUUGAUGGGAUAAUCUUUAAAUGUAAUCAUUCACCUUUUUAUUUUAACAAACAUCUUUUAGCCUCACCCAUCUAUAUUUAGUUUUCAUUUAUGGAGGGGAAGCAAACUAUAGUUUUCAAGUAUAGGAAUUGCAAUUAGAGAUUUUAAACUAAAACGCAACUAAAAAAAUUUGGUAUUCAUUUGACUAUCCAUCCACAAAGCAUCUAUGCUAUUGGUUUUGAAUGCAGUCUAUAUCCUUUUUUAGUCUAUGUAAAGUUUAAAAAGUCAUCUUGAAGAUGACUUCUCUUCAAUCAAAAUGAUCAAAUUUCUAUCAACAUAAUUAGAAUUUUUCUGAAGUGAAUUUAUUUAGAGAUAAGGGGAAAGAAAAUGGGAACUAUGAGAGACCUACAGGAGGAAGAUGUAGAAAUACAAAAUAUUUGUAAAUUCUCAUAUUAUCCUGCUUGCUCUUCUAAAAAA